AUCACGUGACUUCUUUCAGUUUCGCGUGUUUAGGCUGUGUGUGUCUGUAGGCUGUGUGUGUGGUAUCGCUGAGAAAUGGUUGUGUUAAAAGGAAUACCCUCAGUGUUAUCGCCUGAGUUACUGUACGCUCUGGCGAAAAUGGGCCACGGAGACGAACUGGUUCUAGCAGAUGCAAAUUUUCCUGUCUCCUCGGUUUGCAAAUCUGGCCCCAUGGAAAUUCGAGCUGAUGGCUUGCGCAUUUCACAGCUUUUGGAAGGAAUAUUGAAGCUUUUCCCUCUUGAUACAUAUGUUGAACAACCGGCAGCUGUCAUGGAUCUUGUGGAGAGUGACCAGCAGCGGGGUUUAAAGGUCCCUGUGUGGGACCAAUUCACUGCACUUCUGAAAAAAGCAGGAUCCCAUGGGAAUUUGGAAAAAGUUGAGCGGUUUGCUUUCUAUGAGCGUUCUAAGAAAGCUUUUGCUGUAGUGGCAACAGGGGAGACAGCUCUAUAUGGCAACCUUAUCAUCAAGAAAGGAGUAAUUCCUGCUGAAGAACUGUGCUGACUGCUGAACAGAGACCUGUUUCAGACACCAAAACUACUGAACCAAAGAAUAAUCUCAUGAUUCUACAGUUUAUAUGCUGCGCUUUCUACCACAGAUAAGGUACAGGGACAUAAUUAGAUAAUGAUAAUGAAAUUAUACAUGGAAAUAAUUUUAUUUUCUCUAUUUGUGUUGUCCAGUGUGUACAGUGAGAUCACAAUGUGUGAAUGUUAAGAAUAAAUAAUGUUAUGGUGGCUUUGUUUAGAAAUCAAGUUGGUAGACAAUUACCACAGUGCUAGAUUUAGGUAGUUUAGGUAGAGGGAUGCUACAGAACUGAUCAAGAUCUCUCUUUUUUAUUUUGUCUCCAAAUGUAUGCCACAAAUCUAAUCAGACUACUAAAUGUUGUAUUACAUUUAUAUUAAAAUUUAAAUAAAAUUACAGUUAUCACUUUGA